AUGAAAUUAUUGGUAUUACUCAUUUGUGUAUUCCAGGCUUUUGUUCACUGUCAGAAUUUCUACGAUGCAGAUCCCAACAUUAUCGAAUUAACACCUGCUAAUUUCGAUAAGGUGGUUCAUCGAACUAAUUAUACUACGUUGAUUGAAUUCUAUGCUCCAUGGUGUGGUUACUGUAAACAAUUGAAGGGUACCAUCCACAAGGCUGCCAGGAAAUUGAAAGGCGUAGUACAAGUCGCUACUGUUAAUUGUGAUCUCGAACAAAACAAGCAGCUCUGUGGACAAUAUGGAAUAGAAGGUUUCCCAACUUUAAAAAUAUUUAAACCUCCCAGAGUCAACCUUAAGAAGAGGGGUCCAACUAGAUUCAAGACACAUGCAGAUGAACUUUACAACGGUCAAAGAAAUUUAGCUCCCAUUGUAGAUUUUGCCUUAUCCAGAAUUAAGACAUACGUAAAGAAAUUGGGCCGAGUGGAUAAGUUACAAAAUGUGUUGGAUAAUUCCACAAGACCCUCUGUGGUUUUAUUCUCGAAGAAGGGUCCCAUUUCGCCCAUUUAUAAGAGUAUUGCCAUUGAUUGGUUGGGUCAAGUGGAUUUGUACACUAUGCCUAACGUGAAGAUGGAAACGUUAAAUAAUUUGGACGCAUUUUCUCAAUCUUAUCCUAAGAUUGCUACGUUUUUGGAAAGUUUUGUUAAGACUCAAAGCUCGAAUGACAAGAGUCGACUAGUUGUGUUCAACGGGGUGGAUGACACAUAUUUUGAGUUUGAUGGAGAAUCAAUAACAAAGAAGGAUGUAGCCCAAUUCUUGACCAAUUCUCUUAACAUAACACCAAAAGAGGGACCUCUGAGUUCCCGUGAGGCGUAUUUAGAGACCUUACGGAGUGGUAAGAAGAAGAAAAAAAAUACAAAGAAGUCCAAGAGCUCUUCAUCUUCAAGAAAACGUGAUGAAUUGUGA